UCGCUGAGUUAUUUUUUCCCCUACAGAGAUCUACUCGCUGAAUUACAUCUACACUGCCCUAUCAAAACCAGUACAAUUGCCUGGUAUCCAUGAAUUCACUGCCAUGGGUCUGAUGAAUGACAAACAGAUUGACUACUAUGACAGUGUGGCAAAGAAGAAGAUUCCCAAACAGGACUGGAUGAGAGACAAGCUGCCAGCAGACUACUGGGAAAAAGGCACCCAGUCACGCAAGAGCAAGGAACAGUGGUUCAAAGUCAAUGUCAACAUCCUGAUGGACCGUAUGAGGCACAACAACACUGGUGCGAAACCACACUUGCAUUUGUAUCACUCUACAUAGCCUACUGUACAUAUUUUACUAAAUCUAAAAGAUAAUGGAUUCACUUCUAAGUAUAAUGCAAAAAGACUUGACCAUACCAUAGGUAAGGCAUUCCCUCUCCUAUUCUACUUGUUUUUCCUCUCAGAUGUCCAUAUCCUUCAGUGGAAGCAUGGCUGUGAGGUUGCCAAACAGAGUGACGGCACAUUGAAAUUCAUAAAGGGCACUGACCAAUACAGCUACGAUGGUGACGACUUCCUGGCCUUUGAUGAUGCCACUAUGCAGUGGGUGGCCCCAGUCGAUCAAGCUCUGCCGACUAAGAGGAAGUGGGACGGGGUGCAGAUCCUCAACCAGUACACCAAGGGCUACCUGGAGAAGGAGUGUGUGGACUGGCUGUCCAAAUUCAUGGCAUAUGGGGACAAAGAAUUCAGUAGCGCUGACUGUGAGUACUUAUGAAAAACAAGCUAACAUUUGGUCAUCUGAACUUCAAAUAGUGUAAAUGUGGAUUACAGAAAAGGCAUAUUUGUACAUGUGAGAUCAGACAUGAAACACUCAUGUUCUCUGUUUAUUCCCUCUUUAGCCCCUCCAAAGGUCUAUGCUUUUGCUAAAAAAGCCAAAAUUGAAGGACAUAUCCGACUGACUUGCAUGGCCACAGGUUUCUUUCCCAAAGAUGUGGUAAUGCAUAUUAAGAAGAAUGGGGUCCAAUUGACGAAACAUGAUGGAGUGCAGUCUGACGGAGUCUUACCCAAUGAUGACGAGACCUACCAGAUCAGGAUGAGUGUGCAGAUUCCAGAGGAUGACAAGGAAACAUAUGAAUGUUAUGUCAACCAUACAACGUUGACGGAGCCAAUUGUGGUCAAAUGGGGUAAAGUAGUCCUUAUGUUUAAUAUACCGGUACUGUAUCUAUUUUCAACAAAGCAGUUAUUAGCAUGGUUAUCAAUUGUGGUAAAAUCAGACGUUUAUGAGUCUCUAAUGAGGUCAUGAAUGCAGAAUAUUAAAAUGUGAGUCAACUGUUUUUUCAAGCUCAAUGUGUAAGAUGUUAUUGUUAAUGCUGAAUAUGUCCUCUUAUCUUGUCUCCCAUGCAGAUGGAAAAUGCUGGGAUUGUAGCCAAGUCACAGUUAUCAUUGGUGCUGUUGUUGGUGUUGUGGUGGUCCUCCUGUUAACCGUGGUUAUCACACUGUUGGCUCUUUGGAAGAAAGGCAAAAUAUGUAAGUUUCUCACAUUGUGAAUGAAUUUCAUAAAGUAUGUUUUUUUCCGUAUUGUUAUUGUUCUGUGAGAUAAACUGAAGUGAUUAUGGUCCUUUCUGAAGAGAGUUGGCAUGUUGCAACCUUUUUUUCACAUUAGUGCAUGAUUUUAGUCAAUCUUGAGUCAGGAGGUCAAACAAAGUGAAGUAUUAUAUAUUGAUUUUUCUUCCCAUGUGUUUCCACUGUUUCUUCCCACUGUUUCUGAUACAAUUUCAAACCUGCCAUAUUUGGCGUUAACAUCUUGCUCCAUUGUUAUAGGUGCUGGUAAAACAGGAGCUCUACCACUUACUGGGAUCCAGGCACCUCUAAAUGGUACUGCUUAUACAAUGUUAUGUUUUCUUCCUUCCUUUAACAAUUACAUGUAUGUCAGUAGCAUUGCAAUACAAAAGAUCUGGUAAGGAUAUGUAUAAUGAUGGGCCAUCUUAUGAGUGUUAAUUGUAGUGAUUUAAUUAUGACUUGUGAGGAUUAAAUUAAUGACAGCCCCCUAAUCCUUGAUUUUACACAUCAGUUAUGUUUAUUAAUCACAUACUGAUGAAUAGUUUGGCCCCAUUAUUGUCUACUUGUUGUUUUGGACAAUGCUGAUCAGUAUAAAGCACAAUGUUAAUCAAACAGACUUAACCAUGGACUUGCAGAGUUAUUCUGUUCACAUGACUCUGUUACUUUCAGGCAAUGAAAAAGGAAAGGCCGUAUUGAGCAUGUCUGGGAAGACUGGAGAUCAUAUUAUGUUUUACAGUUGUUGAAAGCAGAGAAGGCUCCAAUUUAUUUCACGCAACAGAGUGUAGAUUAUAAUUACAAUUAAGAAUGAUUGACUGAUAACAUUGAUUCCUGGUAUUAUUUUAAAAAACGCCUUCAUGGAGUUUUCAAAGGUGAGUUUAAGAAGGAACAAUACAACAGGGCCUGUCAUGUUUGCUUUUCGGUGCAAGGGUUGCUUUAAUCACCUUUAUCACAAGUCAUGUGGUAUAUAGACUUGUAAAUAUCAGACCUCAGGAUAAGACCCAGAUGCAGACAGAGGUCAGUAGUCCAGAUCAGAGUUCAAAAGGUACAGAAUGGCAGGCAGUCUCAGGGCAGGCAGAGGUCAAUAAUCCAGGGUGGUGUGUUAAGGUACAAAACGGCAGGCAGGCUCAAGGUCAGGGCAGGCAGAAUGGUCAAAACAGGGAAAACUAGAAAACAGGGACUAGAGCGAAAGCAGGAGUACGGGAAAACCGCUGGUAGGCUUGAUGAGAUAAGACGAACUGGCAACAGACAAACAGAAAAAACUGGUAUAAAUGCACAGGGGAUAAUGGGGAAAAUGGGCGACACCUGGAGGGGGGUGGAGACAAGCACAAGACAGGUGAAACAGAUCAGGGUGUGACAGUAAAAUGAGAGGAGGACUGUGAGUCAUAGUCAAUAAAAGGUUUCUCAAGGAAGGGAACACCUAAAGAAUAACUAGCAGUUAGACACUGUGAACAUAGUGGGGAACAACAUGACAAAUUCAUUCUAACUAACUAAUGAAUUAUCUGUACUGAAUAGGAGUAUUAUGACACUGACGUGAAAUGUAAAGUCACAUAUUCUAUGUACCAAACGGGUAGUUUUCGAUUCAGUAAAAUCAGGAAGUGAAUUAAAUUCAUACAUUUUAAAUUGCCCAUUGUGUGUUAUGAGGAUUUUUCAGUUAAUUAAUUGAAUUUCAAUUGGGAAUAUGCAUGCCUAUAGAUGACCAAUGAUCAGCAGUGAAUACUGUAUAUCUGUAUCUAACUAAAGAGUGAUAAUAUUCUCUUUUCCCAGUGACAAAGGAUGACGCUAGCAGCACUUCCAGUGACUCUGGUAAUGUUAUUCAAAAGUAUUGCCUGUUAUUCUAUCUUAUACAUAGACAGUGAAUGCUGUUGAAACUAUGGAAGUACUGAUGUUAGUUCUGCUGUUCCAGGUCAAGGCAGCAAUGCAUGUCUAGAGAGGGAGCCAAUCCUGACAAAUGGAGGUAAUAUAAUUGGUCCUUUAAAAAAACAAAACAUAUAUACACACACAUAUAUAUACACACAUAUAUAUAUAUAUAUAUAUAUAUAUAUAUAUAUAUAUAUAUAUACAUAUAUACUGUAUAUACACAUAUAUAUAUACACAUAUAUAUAUACACAUAUAUAAAAUAUAAAAUAAAAUAUAAUAUAUAUAUAUAUAUAUAUAUAUAUAUAUAUACAGUGAGGGAAAAAAGUAUUUGAUCCCCUGCUAUUUUUGUACGUUUGCCCACUGACAAAGACAUGUGUAAUGAAUACUCGGACAGAGUGGUAAGAUCCAAUCGCAGAAUAGCGAUGCUUUAUUAGAGUACAGACAAGGGAAUAGCUUAAUCGUGGUCGGGCGGGCUGUGGUCAAAACCGGGCCAGGCAUAGACAGGCAGAGGUACCAAUGGAGCGGGCUUAGUCGUAGUCGAGGGCACAGGCACAGGAUCAGAGGACGGUAAUCACUGGGGUAGACAAGCAGAGGAUUAAGCAAUACGGGGAGUCAAACAACAAGGCACAGGUCGGAUACACAGGUAAUCAAAAACAACAAACUCUCUCUCUCGGAACAAAACGCUUAGCAAGUCACAAUGGAACAAUACCUCGCGCCGACUGAGCUUCUGAGCACACCUUAAAUCCUACACUAAUUACUGACAGGUGUGCUCAGAACUCAGGUGAACCAGAUCGAGUCUGAUGUCUCCCCCUCUCUGUAGAUCGGGGAAGUGUCAGACUCUGUCUAGACCCUGCCAACCCCCGAUCCCUUACAACAUGAUCAUUCUAUAAUUUUAAUGGUAGGUUUAUUUGAACAGUGAGAGACAGAAUAACAACAACAAAAUCCAGAAAAACGCAUGUCAAAAAUUUUAUAAAUUGAUUUGCAUUUUAAUGAGGGAAAUAAGUAUUUGACCCCUCUGCAAAACAUGACUUAGUACUUGGUGGCAAAACCCUUGUUGGCAAUCACAGAGGUCAGACAUUUGUUGUAGUUGGCCACCAGGUUUGCAAACAUCUCAGGAGGGAUUUUGUUCCACUCCUAUUUGCAGAUCUUCUCCAAGUCAUUAAGGUUUCGAGACUGACGUUUGGCAACUCGAACCUUCAGCUCCCUCCACAGAUUUUCUAUGGGAUUAAGGUCUGGAGACUGGCUAGGCCACUCCAGGACCUUAAUGUGCUUCUUCUUGAGCCACUCCUUUGUUGCCUUGGCCGUGUGUUUUGUGUUAGACACUGUGAACAUAGUGGGGAACAACAUGACAAAUUCAUUCUAACUAACUAAUGAAUUAUCUGUACUGAAUAGGAGUAUUAUGACACUGACGUGAAAUGUAAAGUCACAUAUUCUAUGUACCAAACGGGUAGUUUUCGAUUCAGUAAAAUCAGGAAGUGAAUUAAAUUCAUACAUUUUAAAUUGCCCAUUGUGUGUUAUGAGGAUUUUUCAGUUAAUUAAUUGAAUUUCAAUUGGGAAUAUGCAUGCCUAUAGAUGACCAAUGAUCAGCAGUGAAUACUGUAUAUCUGUAUCUAACUAAAGAGUGAUAAUAUUCUCUUUUCCCAGUGACAAAGGAUGACGCUAGCAGCACUUCCAGUGACUCUGGUAAUGUUAUUCAAAAGUAUUGCCUGUUAUUCUAUCUUAUAUUACUUACAUAG